CUUUCAUUAAGGGAGCUCGGAGCCCGCAUGUACCGUGAACUUUAUUCGCGCAUUCUCUUACUGUAGGGACGAAUAUCGAAAAUGACUUGUGAAAUUGCUGCUGAACGUUUUAAGCUGGGCAACUGCGCUUCCAGAGCCCCACAGGGCACUGGACCUGCCGUGCUUCCACGUGCUAUUUCAGCGUGGGGCUGGUACUCUGUUGGGUCCAACUCGGAUGGAAUGAUAUGUACGCUCGCCCCAACUGCAAUCAUCACGAAGCCCCUUCCUCAACAUGCCUUCGCGUGCAGUUGGCAUUUCUUGCAAACAGGGACCUCCGUAACUCAAGAUAACGAUGAUGCCACGCUAUCAUCAUGGAACGGGCCCUUCACCGCGUGCUCUGGGAAGUCGAUCGUAUUCCGAUCUCAAACCUUGCGAAUCUGUCCGUCCCGUGGAACAGAAUUCCUAUAUCCUACGUACGGCGCGAAGCAAGCUGUCCUGAGCAACAUGCACUACCAGAACAAGGGCUUUGACCCGAUACAUACUACCAGGAGUUGCCACCACUGCGCGUCGAAUCGAUGUAAUUGUUUCCCGCGCACGCGACAAUUGCGUCCGCGACAGCUAUUCCUUCAUCACCAUCUAUAGCCAUGUCCACUCCAGCAUCGCCGUAUGGCAGCACAGUCUCGACGUCCGCACACGACCACACGUCAACAGGUAUCAUAGCAGGAAGCGUAGUCGGGGGUGUCAUCGCGCUUGGGAUAAUUGCACUGUUAGCAUUUGUCAUACACAAGGGUUCUAAGCACAGAGGAAGCGAGAUUCACCGACAACCGCAGG